AUGGCGUGGAGAAACCAGGGUAUCACUGGAUCCAACAACAUCCCACUCGGCGCCCGCCGGCGAUUUGGCGCUGAUGGAGAGGGUGACGGUGAUUCGACGCCUGAUCGCGAUCUGAAGCGUGGUCGCGACCCUGAACCCCGUACGAGCGAACCAAGCGGUCCUCGCCAGCGCAAAAAGCGCAAUCGUUGGGGUGAUGCUUCGGAAAACAAAGCUGCUGGCCUGAUCAACCUCCCUACUGCGAUCACGUCUGCCAUGACUAGUGAACAGCUGGAAGCUUACACUCUUCAUCUCCGCAUCGAAGAGAUUAGCCAGAAGCUCCGCAUCGACGAUGUAGUCCCUGCCGACGGCGACAGAUCACCCUCGCCUCCUCCCCAGUACGACAACCAUGGCCGUCGUGUCAACACUCGCGAAUACCGUUACCGCAAACGCCUCGAGGACGAACGACACAAGCUGAUCGAAAAGGCCAUGAAGACUAUCCCUAACUACCAUCCACCACAGGAUUAUCGUAGACCUACCAAGACGCAGGAGAAGGUCUACGUCCCUGUUAACGACUAUCCAGAGAUUAACUUCAUUGGCUUACUUAUUGGCCCUCGUGGCAACACUUUGAAGAAGAUGGAGACUGAGUCGGGCGCCAAGAUUGCUAUUCGCGGCAAAGGUUCCGUCAAGGAAGGCAAAGGCCGUUCUGACGCUGCUCACUCCAGCAACCAGGAAGAGGACCUGCACUGCCUGGUCAUGGCCGACAACGAGGACAAGAUCAACAAGGCCAAGCAGUUGAUUCAUAAUGUCAUUGAAACGGCUGCUUCUACACCAGAAAACCAGAACGAGCUCAAGCGUAACCAGCUUCGAGAGCUUGCUGCGCUGAACGGUACUCUACGAGACGACGAAAACCAGGCCUGCCAGAACUGUGGUAAGAUUGGCCAUCGUAAAUAUGACUGCCCUGAGAAGCAAAACUAUACCGCCAGUAUUAUUUGCAGAGUCUGCGGCAAUGCAGGCCACAUGGCUCGCGAUUGUCCUGAUAGACAGAGAGGCGCUAGCUGGCGGAAUGAUGGUGCUCGACCCGCCGCCGGAAGAGUUGGCGCUGGUGAUGGUAUUGAUCGCGAAUACGAACAACUCAUGCAAGAACUUGGCGGCGGCUCUGGCCCUCCUGCUCGCAUCGAAGCCGGUCCCGGUGGCGGCGACGAGGGCGACGCCAAGCCAUGGCAGCGAGGAGCAACUGGAGGUCCUGCGCCUUGGAGAUCCCGACGCGACGACAGAGAUGCUGGCAACGGCCCCUCGGGUGGUCCUGCUCCCUGGGCGCGUGAUCGCAACCGUGGACAAGAUAGUCAGGGCGACAGCUGGUACGACGGUGGUCGUGGAGGCCCGGGCAGCGCGCCUCCCUGGCAGCAGCAGCAGCAGCCCGCUGCCGGAUAUGGCCAAUCUGAUGCAACUUACGGAGGCUACCCUGGGUAUGCUGGAUAUGGUGGCGGUGGCUACGGAGCUGCCCCCGGCAUGGCGGCACCUCCCGGAAUGCCCAAGCAAUAUUCUGGCGGUGGCGCUCCACCGCCGCCUCCCCCCGGUGAGGGACCGCCUCCCCCUCCCGGACCGCCGACUGAUCAGCCGCCGCCUCCUCCUCCCCCUCCCGCGUAA